CGCACAGUAGUAGUACGUGACUGUCUCCCGCAUGCAUGGGUCGAAUCAUUGGUGCAUAUGCAUGGUUGGCCGAUCUGAAUCUGAUUAUGGCGCGGCGCCAACAACCACGCCAUCAUCGCCGCCGGUGGCCAUCUUGGUCCAUGAAUCAAGUAUAAAUGCAUGGCCAUCGAUGCAUUGCCACCUACCAGACUAGAGUAGCCAGAUAGAGUCACACUCGCCAUGGGGUUCGUGUCGUUGCUGGCGGUGGCGUCGACGCCGGUAGUGGAGGUGCUGCUCGUCGCGCUCCUUGGGGCCUACCUCGCCUCAACCCGCUGCGGGCUCCUGGCCCCCUCCGCCCGCGCCGACAUCAACCGCGUCGUCUACGCCGUCUUCACCCCGGCGCUGCUGCUCGCCAGCCUCGCAUCCACCGUCACCCUCCAGGACGCCCUCUCAUGGUGGUUCAUGCCGGUGAACAUCGGCAUCAUCUUCUUCGCCGGCGGGGUCCUCGGGUGGCUGGCGGUGCUCGUCCUCAGGCCGCCGCCGCACCUAAGAGGGCUCGUCGUGGCCUCCUGCUCCGCCGCCAACUUCGGCAACCUGCUCCUCAUCGUCAUCCCCGCGGUCUGCCGCGAGAAAGGCAACCCCUUCGGCGGCGACUGCACCGGCCGCGGCCUCUCCUACGCCUCCUUCUCCAUGGCGCUCGGCGGGCUGUAUAUCUGGACGCACACACACGGCGUCAUGAAGCGGUCCAGCGAGGUAUGCCGGAGGAUGGUCGCCGACCAUGAGGCUGCUGAAGCUCAUGACCAUGCCAAGAAGGACUCUGUCGAUGCCACUGUCGCUGUCGAGGAGGAACAAGGGGACGAGGAGCAGCCCAGCUGGAAUGGUGGCGACGGUGAGGAGGACGGGCUUGUCUCGGUGCCGUCGUCGUCGUCGUCUACCUCGCAUCAAAACCAAACUUCACUCAUGGGACCGUUGCUGUCUAGCCACCACCGUCGCCAUUCCAGCGGUAAGAUGACGAGCAGCGGCAGCCUGUGGGCGAAGCUGAAGCAGGGCACGCACCAGAUCAUCGAGGAGCUCAUGGCGCCGCCGACAGUCGGGGCGGUUCUGGGCUUCAGCGUCGGCACAGUGCCGUGGCUGAGAUCCGCCUUCAUCGGCGACGGCGCUCCGCUGCGAGUCGUGCAGGACUCCCUCAAACUGCUCGGAGAUGGCACCAUCCCCUGUGUGAUUCUCAUCCUUGGAGGGAACCUCACCAAAGGCCUGCGAAAGACGACGAUGUCGCGGUGGGUGAUCGCGGCCAUCGUCUGCGUGCGCUACGUGAUCCUGCCGGUGGUCGGGGUGGCAGUGGUGAGGACGGCGAGGGAGCUCGGCUUCCUGCCGCCCGACCCGCUGUACCAGUACGUGCUGAUGCUCCAGUUCGCGCUGCCGCCCGCAAUGAGCAUCGGCACCAUGGCGCAGCUCUACGACGUGGCCCAGGAGGAGUGCUCCGUCGUCUUCCUCUGGACCUACCUCGUCGCCGCCCUCGCCCUCACCGCCUGGUCCACCGUCUUCAUGUCCAUCCUCGCCCCCGCCUAGUACACUGCUAGUAUGUAUAUAAUGCAGUAUAUUGCUAGUGCUUCAUCAAUUUUGAUUGAUUGCUAUGUAUGUAUAAGUAGUAUUUAUCCAAGUGAGCUUCAGACA